AUGGCAGAAAGAGUGGAGAUUGAAGACAGAAGGGGUAAAAAUGAUCACAUGCUGGAGGGGUUAUGGCAUAUGAAGGUUUCAUGGGGUGCCAUGGUUGUUAGGGGUGUUGUGAAUGGAGUGGUAAGUGAAUUAGAUGAAAGAAAAGAGGGGCGGGGGAAAGACAUGCCAUGA